AUGAGUGGAUCUAGACGGGGUCUUGUAGCACCACAAAAUACAUUUUUGGAUAAAAUUAUCCGACGAUGCAAUGGACAAUUUUAUAGUUUCGUAUUGGCUAAUGCACGUAUUGUCGACUAUCCAAUUGUUUAUUGCAAUGAAGGAUUUUCACGGUUAACUGGUUAUAGUCGUGUGGAUAUAAUGCAGAAGAGUGGGAGUUGUGCAUUCUUCUACGGAGAUCAGACAACUAAAGAGAUGCGUGAACGUCUACUGAAAGCACUAGACACUCAAACACCUGAUCAAAUUGAAAUGUUAUUCUACAAAAAGAAUCGUCUUCCAUUUUGGUUACUUGUUUGUGUGGCACCAGUACGGAAUGAAUGUGAAGAAGUAGUGCUCUUUCUACUGGCAUUUAGAGAUAUUACAGCACUUAAAACCCCAUUUGAGGAUGAAGAUACUGUAAAAGGUUUAAGUAAAUUUGCUCGACUGGCUCGUUCAGUUACACGGAAUCGUUCAGUUCUACAACAGUUGUCAGCAUCUCAGACGUCUUCACAAAGCACAGGAUUAAGUUUAUAUCGAAGUAACAGACUGACAACAUGUAGUGGAGGUGGUGGUGGAGGCGAUAAUGAUGGUGGCCAAAUGGAACAAUACAGUUCCCCAGCUUUGUCAAAUUAUCAAAAUCUCAGUACUACUGGUAGUUCACGGUUUCAUGAUUCCUCAAAAUCAGAUCCAGAGAAAGCUGCAAUGUCCACAUCUUCAUGGCUUGAUUUAGUUCCACCUUACAAACAAGAAGCCCCCAAGACUCCACCUCAUAUUAUAUUACAUUAUGUUGCAUUUAAAAACUACCUGGGAUUGGCUGAUCUUAUUUUUAACCGUAAAACAAUGGAUGAUGUCAGCUUUCUAGUUGUAGACAGUAUAGUUGAUGUGAUAUUUUUUAUAGAUAUUGUACUUAACUUUCAUACAACUUUUGUCGGUCCAAAUGGUGAAGUGAUAUCUGAUGCUACAAUUAUACGUAUCAAUUAUUUAAAAGGAUGGUUUAUUGUCGAUGUAUUAUCAUGUCUACCAUAUGAUGUAUUCAAUGCAUUUCAACCUGAAGCAACACAAAGUACAAUCAGUUCAUUAUUUGGUGCACUAAAAGUUGUUAGAUUAUUGAGAAUUGGUCGAGUUACACGUAAACUGGAUCAAUAUUUAGAAUAUAUGGCGGCUAGUUUACUUUUAAUGAUAUCUGGUUUUGUAUUACUUGCACACUGGUUAGCUUGUGUAUGGUAUAGUGUUGGUCAAACUGAUUUAAAGAAUGGUAUUUAUUAUGGAUGGAUACCAAGAUUGUUGAAUGAUAUUGACCAAGGCAAAACGAUACCAGCUAAUUGGACAAGUGGUAACCCUCCACUGCCGCGUACAAUGACGUAUGUGACAUCAUUAUAUUUCACAUUAUCUUUGAUAACAAGUAUCGGUUUUGGCAAUGUAUCAGCAACAACAUUUGGGGAAAAAUUAGUUGCAGCCGUUUUUAUGCUUAUAGGAGCUUUCGGUUAUGCGACAAUCUUCGGUAAUGUGACAACAAUAUUUCAAGGUAUGUAUGCAACCAGAUCCAGGUAUCAUGAUAUGAUGGCAUCAGUAAAAGAUUUUAUCAAAACCCAUAGUGUACCAAAAGAUUUAGCUGAACGUGUAAUUGAUUAUGUAACAUCAACGUGGGCGAUAACAAAAGGCAUUGAUACAGCAAAAGUAUUAAAUUACUGUCCAAAAGACAUGAAAGCUGAUUUAUGCAUUCACCUAAAUCGCAUGGUAUUCAAUGAACAUCCAGCAUUUCGAUUGGCUAGUGAUGGUUGUUUAAGAGCAUUAGCCGUGAAUUUUAAUACAAUACAUACAGCACCGGGUGAUUUGAUAUUUCAUCAGGGUGAAAGUAUUGAUCAAUUGUGUUUUGUUGUUUCUGGUUCAUUAGAAGUCAUUCAAGAUGAUGAAAUAGUUGCAUUCUUGGGUCGUGGAGAUGUAUUUGGUGAACCAUUCUGGAAAGAUCCAAAUAGUAUGAGUCAUUCAGCUGCUACAGUUCGUGCACUAACCUACUGUGAUUUACAUUGUAUCAAAAAAGAUUGUUUACUCCAAGUAUUAAAGUUUUAUUCAGCAUUCGCCAAUAGUUUUGCUCGUAAUUUGGUGCUUACAUAUGAUUUAAAACACGACAAACUAAACAAAUAUUCUAAUAUCUUCUUUUUAUUUCAGCUUAUCUUUCGUAAACUUGCUGAUGUUAGAAGAGAAUAUGAACUAGCUGAACAUCGUAAAGCUGAUAAUGCUUUAUCUAGUUUACGAGCAGAUCAUCCAGUUCGACGUAUGAUACAUAAAUUUCGUCGUAUCGGUGCACAUAAUCAAUCCACAAAUGAUUCACCAGUGGGUAGUGUUGGUGCCGGUGGUAUUGGCAGUAUCAGUGAUGCUGAAGUAAUGCGUCUUAGUCGUAAAUCAAUGACACUAGCUGAUUAUGAUGAUCUAGGCAAAGACUUAGAGUUCAACAUCAAAAGUGAAGAUAAACAAAAAUAUCAAAGUAAACUAGAAAGUCCAAGUACAUCAACUGUGACUAAUAAUAACAAUAAUAGUAAUCCUGUUAGCGCAUUAGAUGAAAUUGCAUCCAGAUGGGGUAAACGUAUGGAAAUGAAAGGUAAUAAGGUGAUUGUUUCAGAAUCAGUUCAACAGUCUAAUCGCCUUAGUAACGAUAUCACUACUAAUAGUAAUGAAAAUACAAAUACAUCUAACAGCAUUACUACUAACACUAAACCAUUGUUACAAUCGAAAUGGGGCAGUUUAAUGAAGUCAUCAACAAUCCAUGAAGAACAUGAUACAUACCAAAAUAAAUCAAAAAAUCUAUCAACUUCUGUAGAAGAUAAUUCUAAUCUUAAGGAGAACAAGAAAAAACUGGAAUUAUCUAAUGAAGCAAUUUUAGAGUCUUUAAUGAGAAUGCAAAAUGAACUGAAAUCAGAGUUGGGUAAUUUAAUGGAUCGUAUGAAUAGCAUCGAUGAUAAAGUAGCUCAACUUGUUUCUACUAUUGAAAUUAAGUCGACAACAGAUGAAAAUAAUCAUCAUGAAACUACACAUCAUCAAAAACAAACUCAAAACCAAAAAAAUAACUAUAGCCCUAAAAUACUAAAAUCAAUAUUUAUACCUCCUUUAUCGUCUACAGAAUCAUCUACCUCUUUGAAAUCUCGUCGGACUUCGAGUUUAGCGAUGUCAAAUAAAGUUCAUCCCUGGAACAAGAAAUUAAAAACAACAGUUUCACAAGAAUCAUAUAGUCAAAAUAAAACUCAGAAAUAUCUAACAAAUCCCAGUAAAGUUGAUGUGUAUAGUUUACAGUCUAGGCGUAGUCCACCAAGGCAACGUAUAUCCCAAUUUUAUAAACAAUAUUCAGGGGAGACAGACAGCCAAUUGGAGCCAAUGUCAACUGAAAGUGAGUCCUCACUACAGUCGAAUGAACAAAUCAAUAUGCAUACCUUGUCUUCUCAGAUUAUUUUCCCUAAAUUUAAACAAUCUAGUCAAGUACAUCCUCCAACACAGACAACUCACUUCUGUUCUGUUUCUUUACCGACAUCAGUUUACGGGAUGAAAAGUGUUCGAUCGCAUUUACCUUCAGAUUAUCGGCUUUCUUUACCAUUGACAGAGAGAGAAGAUUUUCCAUUUGAAGCAGUUCACUCACAACAUAUCAGUGUUACUGAUGGAAUGCAGUCUCAUCUGAAUCCUUUCAUUUCAAGUACUAGUAUAUCUGCUGAAAAUGUUUCUCAGACUGUUACACAUACUGUAAUAACAAGUUUACCGACAUUAAAACUUCCACCCUUAGUUGUACCAGAAAACUUAUCGCGUUUAGUUGGAUCAGAAAGUCUACUGCAACAGUCACCCAGUAGCGUACUAGUUACAACAACUGGGAGAACAGUGUUGAUACCUGGUGCAAAUUUACUUCAAACUGUUACUUCUGUGCCAAAUCCCUGUAAUAUUGUUCCUACUACAAGCAAUGAUCGGAUGUUUGUAAAUCUAUGGAAUCCUAGUGAAGUAUUACCAUCAGAUCCAUUGAACACUCAACAAAGAGGAUUACCCAUAUAUGACCAUUCAGUAAUAACUACAAUAACUACAACAGCAGAGACAUUCAUACCUAGUCAAACUCUAGAAGUACACAAUACAUACAUUCUUCAUUUACUCAACGAUCUAACGAUAACAAUAGUAAUGGUAAACAGCAUGAAACUAGGGAUUUCACUAUGA